AUGUAUCACCCCAAACUCACGCGUCUGGUUCCCGACACUAUUGCCUCUGUCGUACUUGCCGCUUCCGCUGUUCGUGCCACUGCCUGUUACCUUUUCGAGACUGUUACCCUGCCCUUCACCGACGUGGCCGGCGAGAUCUCGGGCGAUAGCUCAAUGCCCGGUGCAUUCGUGGACUCUACCGAGACUGACAAAACAAAGUCUGAGAUGGAUGGCGCUUCAAGCUCGUCACUACGCGCGCUCUUUGUAGACGCGGCGAUCUGCGAGAUGCUGGCUAAUGAUCGGGCUGGCGAAGGCGAACCGACUCGCCCGCAUGUCCCCGCCGGAGAUUCUGCGCGUCGGAUUCAAGAUAAGCUGUUCUCCAAGACGGAUGCGCAAAGUCUGAAGAAGCGUAUCUGUAAUGAGAUCAACAACGAAACUCGUCGCUGCAGGCACGAGAACGAGAGACUCUCCGACGCUCUUCAGAGUAUGCUCAACCGUGUGAUAUCAGCGGAGAUGGAGCAGAUCAAGCUACAUGCGCGCAUGGACGAGGCAAUAGUGCAGCGGGAGAAGGAUAUGACUGCUACGAUCAACGAGCUCCGAAUUGAACUGGCGAGUGCGAUCGCAUCCCUCGAACGCUCUACGACGCUUUCCAGUAGUAAGCUCACCGUCAUGCAGCUCCAACUUGACGAGUGCAAGGCUACGAUUGGGCGGUGGACCGCGAACGAGAAGCGUCAGGCUGCAGAGGCUGCGCGCAAGAAGGCCGAGGCCGAGGUGAGAAGGCGUCAAGAGGCUGAGGAAAAGGCUCGGCGGGAAAAGAUAGAGGAGGAGGAGAGGCGUCAGAAGGCUGCUAGGGCGGAUAAGGUUCGAAAGUGGAAGGAGACGCUGGCUCGGUGGGCGAGGGAGGAGGAAGCUCGGCGCCAGAAAGGAUGGUACCAGUCGGCUCAAGAGAAACACAAGGAGGCCAUGCUCGCUCGCUGGGAGCAGUACACGACGCCACUCGGUGUCGAACUCACAUUCGAUACUAUCAUAUGGCCUGUCUUGGAAGGGCCGAAGAGGCUUUUCGGUGGCGAGAUCCCCGGCCUCACCCUGGAGGCCAUCCGCGAUUUCUUGCUGUCGGACUUGCACUCGAAGGGAAGGACACCUCGCCAACGCCUCAACGACGCUCUUUUGCGGUGGCACUCCGACAAGAAGACAUUCGUGAUUGAAGAACUCGCAGAUCCUAAAGACGAGAAGCUCGUCUCGGACGCGUUCCACACAAUCUCGGUUCACCUGAACAAGCUGAAGUCCAUGCCAGAUAUCCUUAAUAAAAAGUCCCGAUAG